AUUAUUUUUUGUGCUGUUUGACUAGCGAUCCUGGGCAUCUGAUUUUGAUUUUAUUUUGUAAUUCGAGUUUUCUGCAGAACUUUACACAAAAAAGAUGUUUGAGCUGCUGGUUUCUGCUUAUUCUACAAUAAGCACACAAGAUACAGCUCUUUUCCUCGGACUGAAUGCUGAUGAUGCUGCAAACUAUACGCUACAACGUGGUUGGACCUUGGAUCCCUCCUCUCAAAUGCUAACCGUGAAGAAGCAGGCUGUUGCAACAGAGCAGAAACUGGAUUCCAGUAAAUUACAGCGCUUGACGGAAUACGUUUUCAAUCUUGAGCAUUAAUCCUUUACACUCAGUUAUAUAUAUCAGUUCCGAUCAGCUCUGGACGAUGUAAAAUGAUAUCUAGUUUUUGUUCCAAAACCUUGAGUUGUUUCAUCAGUCUUCACUGUUAUCGUUAAUCAAGCCAAUGAGCACCUGCUCGAAUACGUUAUAAAUGUAAAAUGAUAUCUAGUUUUUGUUCCAAAACCUUGAGUUGUUUCA